UUCUUUCAGCAUUCAGUUCUUGAGGUGCUGAGACGUGUUGUGUGCUCCGACUACUGAUUUGCCUUUAGCUUCGCAUAUUCGUUUACAGGGAUUACGGGUUGUUGUUGUUGUUGUUUUUUUUUGUGUGUGUGUGUGUGUGUGUUUUUUCGGAUUUAGUCCACAUAAGAUCGAUGUUUUUAUUAUUUGAAAGGCAUCAUGUUUAAGAAAAAGAACGAGUCUAUUAUAUAUAGUAUGGAGUGAUUUGGGAGCAGAAACCGGUCAGGCUGGAAAAGGAAAGAUGGCGUUUUAACCUGUUCAUGGAGGAGAAUUCAAAUGUAAUCUCAAUACUGGCACGGGAAAGGUGUGCAACCAAGGAUUAAGGACUUUUUAAAGAACAUUUUUACCACGACUGCGUUUUGAGCAUCUUCUUAUAGCUGCCUCAUCCGAAGCUAAAAGCUGUUAAUACUACUGCUACUGAACAGCUACUACUGAAUCAUUCCUGUCAGGUAUUUAGUAUCAGAGGACAGCGAAAAGAAAUGGGGAACAGCUUUUCCAACAUAUCUGCCUUCCAGUCCCUCCACAUCGUGAUGCUGGGGCUGGACUCAGCAGGCAAGACUACUGUCCUCUACAGGCUUAAGUUCAACGAGUUUGUGAACACUGUACCCACGAUUGGAUUCAACACCGAGAAGAUCAAACUGAGCAAUGGUGCCGCAAAGGGCAUCAGCUGCCAUUUCUGGGAUGUCGGUGGCCAAGAGAAGCUCCGUCCACUCUGGAAGUCGUACAGCCGCUGCACAGACGGCAUCAUCUACGUGGUGGACUCGGUGGACGUAGACCGGCUCGAGGAGGCCAAGACCGAGCUGCACAAGGUGACCAAAUUUGCUGAGAACCAAGGAACACCGCUGCUGGUCAUCGCCAACAAGCAGGAUCUGCCCAGGUCUCUGCCCGUGGCCGAUAUAGAGAAGCAGCUGGCGCUCAAUGAGCUGACCCCAUCCACCGCAUACCACGUUCAGCCCGCUUGUGCAAUCAUCGGCGAAGGGCUUCACGAAGGCAUGGACAAACUGUACGAGAUGAUCGUGAAACGACGGAAAGCUCUAAAGCAGAAAAAGAAGCGAUAACCCAUGUUCACGUCAAGGACCUUUUCCCCCUCAUUCAUGCCUUCCUGCAAGCCUGGGGCCCAUAGUCAUGUGUCAACGCAAUGAUGCAUCGCUUGGAUUAUUGAUUGAUUUGGGCAGUUUGCUUUCAGUUGGAUUUAUGUUGAACUUUGCAGACACUGUAUGGCUUGCUGGGUGGUUUUGAACCACAGGAAAGAAAAACUAACUAAAGAUUAACUUGACUUUGCUACAAUGAAAAAAAGGGCUGGUUCCCUUUUCUGCUGCUGUUGACUUACUGUGCAAGUAGCCUCAUCGUCAUACUGAAGGAGCUCUCUACUUUAGCACUGUGAAGAAUUACGAACACUACCGUUUUGGUUCGUGGAAUGCUUGAUUUCUCUCUGACGACCGGUUCAAAGCAUUACUGUGUGUAUCACGAUGAUAAUGUUGCCUAAAUCCUUUACGAGUAACUCCAUUUGGGAUUGGUUCUGACCUGAGUGAGGCUGAAGGUUAACUGUUCAGGCCUGCAUAAGAGAUAACAUUUGGUACAUAAAGUCAUGGACUUGGUGUACAUGAAGACACUAAAGAAAAUGAUGUGUGGUGGACAGUGUUUACCAUUUAUGUGCUUGCAACCUCGGUCCACCACUUAGCACUUUUCCUUACCAAAACCAGUAGAGUUCAACACUGUAUUGCAAAACUCAAGAUUAUUGUAUUACACAGACAAAAGAUGAAUUCUGAAGUAUUUUUCAAUUAAAAUAUAUUAAGAAAA